UCCUUCUUUAUUAAUUCAUAAUUUUGAUGAAAGUAAAAGAAUUAUUAUAGGAUUCAAAGUCUUAAUGUCUGUUAAUCGAUAUCGUCGAGACUCAUAAUUUGGACGUACAUUAUUAAAAAGAUCGAUAAGUUUAAGAUAUAAAUCGCUGUAGGCCGUUGUAGCACUAUAUUUGGUUGCAGAAAAUGGAAGGUCUGAAUGCAAGGGUUGACUUUUAUGACUUUAAACUUACUGUUGAAAAAUGGCAAUAUCGUUCAAAUUUGUGAUUUGUCACACUUGUCUGUCACUUUUGUUUGACUUUGUCAAAUUCUAAUUUGAGUUUGACACCACAAUUUUAGUCCGCCAAUUUUUAAAUAAUUAUUGACACAAUAGCAUUAACGAAAUCAGCAUUUUACAUAAUAUUUUUAUUUAUUUAAUGUUUUCCUUAUUAUGUGCCUUAGGUUACUGGCACGAGAAUUUAAGGAAUCAGUUGUAGUUCCACUAUGGGUAUUACUGUGGAAGCUCGCGAAAGAGCGUCAAAAUCGGUGCAUGUAUAAUCUUUGGGAAAUUUUUGGAGGAUUGUUAGUGUUUCUUGUUGUGUUCUUUGUUAAUCAAACUGUGAAACCAUUAGACGACGUCCUGCCUCGUCAUUUUAAUUAUACAAAUGAUGAUUUUUUAAUCAGAGUUUAUUACACUCCUCUCAACCCCUUUACGCAACUGUUGAUGGCUAAUGUGGAGUUUAAUUUAAAGAAUAAAACUGAACCAGAUAUAAUGCCCAUACAUAAAUGGGAAUUUAUUCAUGAUGCAAAAAUUCCUAAUUUUUUUAAUGAAUCUGAUAACAUUGCUGUAGUCAAGUUUCAGAACAAUGGAUCCCUUGACGAAGAUCUGAUAUAUUCUAUAAAUGUUAACACAAAGGAGGAAGAAAGUAAUGUGUAUCGAAUAUUCAAUGGAUUCUUUAGAGGUGUUGUUAAGAUUGAGGAGACUUCACCAUCGUUUUUACCAAGUUUACAAUGGGCAAUAGACAAGGCAUACAUGGAAAGACUUUCUGAUGUUGAAAUUGGACAGCCUAUCCAAUUAAACAUAAUUCCAAGAUACAUUUCUCAUGAAUUGCGAGCCCUACAGAAAUUUCUUAUUAUUUGCACUAUCAUUGCACCUCUACCGUUCUUCCUUAUAAAUUCUUCAAGAUUGAUUGAUGAGAGAAGAACUGGAAUAAAGGAGCGGAUGAAGCUAGCAGGCGUGUCUCGUGGUGUCCUGAGAUGUGCGCGACUUGUAGACUACGCAUGUGUUGCCGUGAUAUAUGCUAUCCCCGCCACUUUGAUACUAAAGGGGACGAGGAGACCUAUUUUACCAUUUAGCAACCCUGUAGUCAUAGGUAUUACCUUAGUACUGCAUUAUAUGAGCUGCACGACGCUGUCUUUCAUCACCACCACUCUAUCGGACGAUUUCAACUUCGCUGACACUUUGGGUCUAUUUUUCUACAUCAGCGCGUUCUUUUUGGACUUUCUGUGGUAUUCGUAUGAAGCUCGAAGUAUAACAUUGAUAUAUAUUAUAUGCACUAUAAUACCUCAUUCGCCGAUUUAUAUGUUCUGGGAUGAAGUUCUUUAUUUGGAACAAAUGGGUAUAGGCAUCCAGUUUUGGAACCUCGGACACAAAUAUCCAGACACCAGCUUGACUGUGUUUAGAGUGUGGACGUUUUUCGUCGCUCAGUUUUUUAUUGUCUUGAUACUCUCUUGGUAUUUAGAUCUAGUCAGACCCGGUAGUCAUGGUAUCUCUAGGAAGUGGAAUUUCAUGUUUAAAAAAAGGUAUUGGUUUGGCGCUAAACCUACGAAGAAGGUUAGAAGACCCGAUAUGCAAAAAGAACGCAAAUUGUCCAAAGAUGAGGAAGACGAGAGAGAAAUGUAUUUCGAAAAGGGCCCGAAGACAGCGGAGGUAGCUGUUAAAAUCAUGAAUGUUACUAAGAUAUUCAGAACGGUCCGAAAGUCAAAAGUGAAGGCUCUUGAUAACGUCAGCUUCGAUUGCUAUAAAGGCGAAGUCACAGUUGUGUUAGGUGUCAACGGAGCCGGAAAGACCACCCUUAUGUCUAUUAUAACCGGAAUGUAUAGUCCCUCAAAGGGUGCCGUUUUUAUAAACAAUAAGGAUGUUACUCAAAAGUUGAGGGAGCUCCGAGAAACCAUAGGAUUCUGUCCUCAAUAUGACCUGAGCUUCAGUUAUCUUACUGUCAAAGAGAAUGUCCAGUUUUACCAAAAGUUAAAAACAACUAAAUGUGAGACUGAUAUGACAACCGAACAGCUGUUGAAGAAACUUAGAUUGAAGGAUAAAGCGCAUCUCUUUACCCAGAACCUGUCCAGUGGAAUGCUUAGGUGCUUACAGGUGGCGUGUUCAUUAGUAACCGGUGCAAAAGUGUUGGUACUAGACGAGCCAACGUCUGGAAUGGACGUGGAGAUCAGACAUCAUCUUUGGGAUUUAUUCAUGGUUCUUCGCGGUACUAAAACGAUAAUAAUGACGACAACUUGUAUGGAAGAAGCCACUGCGCUUGGCGACCGUAUUGUCAUACUGAACAAGGGUCAAUUGAGGUGUCACGGUACACCUCUGUUUCUACAACAGGCACUUGGCGUGAGCUGCAAUUUAUCCGUGACAAUAACGGACAGUACUCACAUGAUACAUUUAAUUGACUUAGUCCAAGUUAUUGUGCCUCAUGUAGAGCACAGGAUCGAAGACAUCCACCGCGUAACAUUCUCCCUCCCUUCCGAAGACCGGGACAAGUUUUCACAGCUUUUCAAAGUAUUAGAGAGUAAUAAAGACUCUUUGGGAAUCAUGUUCGUUGAUGUCGGAAUGUAUAUGGAGGAAGUCUUUCUGGAGUUUCUUGAAGAAGAGACCGAUGAGCAAUACGACUUGCAAAUGAGUCUAUCCUGUCGACAUAUGGAAAUGAAUAAAGUUUUCGGUAUUCGUCUGCUGAUAUCUCAACUUCAACUGCUUAUCGAGAGAAUAAUUGAAUAUAGGAUGCUGAAUAAGUACCAAUUUUUUGUAUGGCAAGUAGUACUGCCGAUCGUCGGUUUCUUAGUAGUAACACUGACUACGAACGACUCUCUCGGCUUCGGCAACAUGUUCACUCACUAUGAGUACCACGGUCACCACGUCAGGGCUCUAGUGUAUAACCCGGGGCCGUUCAGACGCAGCGGGAUCAACGAGUCCGUGCUUAAACAUCCUGAACUUAAAGCUGUGCUUUCAGAUGAUGUAGAUAGAGAAUUCAGCGAUCCAACGUCUGGCUACAUGAACAGCGAAACGAUGGGUAUAAAACUGAUGCAGCAUUACACGAGAUUAUUUCACCCUAAAGAGCCAAAUCUUCUAUCGGAGUCCAUCAACUUGUACAGUAACAUAUACAUGUCUGUUCACAUACCUUACCUCAAUCACAGCAUAAUAACCUCAUAUGAACCUAUUAGGAAGGAAGACAGGACACAAAUUAAUCCGAAAAGUGUGUUUCUAUGCCUAAAAUGGGCUAUAUGGGUUGUGUUUUUUACCGUCGUACCCCUCGCACCUUGCAUCACGUUGACCAUAAAGGAAUACGCUAACGGCAUCCGAGACAACCAUAUGAUGGCCGGCUGUUCCCCCAUAGUCCACUGGGGCGCUAGGUUCAUACUACACAUGACCGCCUACCUGGCGAUCAUACCCGGCCCUUUGAUGAUCUUAUCUGUCGGAAUGGACUUCGAUGAGACCUUCACCGAGGUGGAAUUCCUUGGUGCAGUUGCAAUGAUAUUAGUGGCAUUUGGAGCGGCUUAUCUCGCUCAUUUAUUUUUUCUGAGUUUUAUAUUUCAAGGAAAUUAUGCAAUUUGCCAGGUGUACAUCAUGUCUAUAUGUUUCGGAACCAUCUUGCCUAUAACUCUGGCAGUUCUAGAGCCAGUGUGGAAAAGGCAUAUGGGUUUGACGUUUUCGUACUUGACUCUUACGAUCGUGGCUCGUAUUAGCCCCUUGUUUGCUUUCACUGUCGGUCUCGCUCGCGUGGCCUUACUGGCGAGGUCUAAUGCCUUGUGCGCUCAUUAUAAACACAUGUGCCCCGACUUGAAGCUAAGGGAUCUUCCCUUCAAUCCAGAUGAUUGCUGUCGAUCGGAAUUAGAUAUGCCUUUCAAAUAUAUGGAGGAUUACGUUACUGGUCUCCACGACUUUCUUACUCUUAUAAUACAGUUUUUUAUUUAUUCAGUACUGGUGAUAUUACUAGAGCAUAGGAUACCUCAGUACAUGAUAGAACGGAUAAUGACGUUCCAGUAUAGAGUGCCACGCCACAAGUUCUUCAGCAUUAGUGUAAGCAAAGAGGCUGACUAUGUACGGUCGAAGUUACGAGCUGGGGAAACCAAAAAUGACGUCAUAUUGGCUCACAAUUUGCAUAAAACCUUUAACAAUAUAUUCAAUAAAAAGAAGUGUGAACCAAUCAAGGGGAUAAGCUUUGCAGGAAAACUGGGCGAAUGCAUAGGCAUCGUGGGUCCACGAGAUGUUGGUAAAUCCACGCUUCUGAAAAUGCUGAGCGGCCUUAUGGCUAUGACGAGAGGGACUUGUGUCGUUCAAGGGCACCACGUCAGAAAGAAUCGCUUGAAGUAUAUGAAGAAUAUCUGCUACUCGUCAGGUCCCUUCGGCCUGGACCCUUUCCGGACGGGAGUACACAACCUGUCGUUCUUAGCUCAGCUGCAGGGCUACUCCAAGGAGAUGGCAGUUCGAAUAGCUCUGAUGUCUUUACAUUUUAUGGGACUGCAGGCGAACUUGAGUGCAGUGAGGCGGUACAGUUCGGGCUGCGCGCGCCGCCUGGGGCUGUGCGUGGCGAUGAUACUGGCGCCGUCCUUAGCGAUACUGGACGAGCCCAUGCGGGACGUCGACCCCAACUCCCGCUCGAGAGUGGCUAAGGCACUACAGCGACUAGUAUUAGAACCUGCUGUCGUCAUUGUUGCUGAAGCCAGCGUGGACUGGGGCCACAUGGAGUCUGUCUACACUCGAAUAGCCAUCUUAUCGCAAGGUGAACUGGCCGCGUUAGGACCAGCCGGCGAGAUCCACGCGAAGGUCGCGAACGGGUAUACGGCGCGGAUCAAGCUUAAAAUGGUUACAGCUUUCAGACAAGACAUGCAAAAAGAUCUAAAUGAUACAGACGAUGUGGUUUCAUCUUCAUCGGAAUCGCAGCUGUCAUUGCAUACUGAGAAGAGCGUGAUGCACGCUCAAGGUAUCGUCGCCUUCAAGAUGGAAUUUAAGAAGAUAUUCGAGGAUAGUUACAUUCUAGGAGAGCACUUGUGCAUGAUAUAUUUCCACAUCGAAGAUCUCAAGAAUAACAUUCAGUACAGCGAGAUGUUUGAGAAGUUGGAGAACUUGAAAGCGAGGUUUAAAGAUGUAGUGGAAGACUAUGUUCUGAGCACCACAACGAUUGAGGACGUUUUCUGGAGGCUGCGAAGGGAAGGGCCCCAAGAGGCUGAAUCGGACAUUUCUGCGGCCACAUCAGAUAAUUACGUGUGAACAAUUUGAUAAUAAUACAAGAGAAAAAUUAAAAGUUCUGAUUUAUUACUUUGUUUUAUUCUUUCUUCAUGAUUGAUGCGUAACUUGGUGUAAAAUUUAAAGUACCUUAGGUGUGCUGUUUUUUUCCUGUGUUCUGGUAAGAAGUGUGAAUGUCUGUGCUGAAUUUGUAUAAAUAUUAUUUAUGAAUAUGGUUGGAAUUCUUAAUAUUCAUUAUAGUAAAACCUGCUUAUUACAUUGGGUUGUAUUAGUUCUGACGCUUAAAAUUUAGCUCUUGUAGUGAUGGCUAUAAGGUCGAUUUUAAUAAGUUGUAAAAGUAACGUGCGAUUUGAACGAUUGCAGUUACUUUUGAU